CGAGAAGAAUUUCUAAUGGAUCUAAGAAGAGAUGCUGUACAUUACAGAGGAAGAUCACAGGACAGUGUAGAUCACGUGACGUGGCUUUGGAGAUACGGGAGAGAAGCGAGACCUGACAUCGUGAGAUCUUGUAUAGGUCUACAUCCACACUGGGACAUUUACAUCAUCGACAACAAACCUUACAGAAAACCAAGUAAAAUCCUUGGCUAUCUAGCGAAAGUCAGAUGUCUACUGUAUUGUGUACUUAUAUCUGAAAAAUAUCGGAUUAAGUUUAUUGAACAAUCACACAAAAUCAUAAUGGACAAAAUCAAACAGAGAUAUUUCCCUGAUAUUACUGAUGACGGCUCAGUAGAUCUCCCUGAUGGAAUCACAGAAACACGUGACCGUGUGAUAACCUUUAUAUCAGACGACAUCCGACAUGACGUCAUGUACGCCUUUGUUACGGAGUGUCUGGUGAAGGAUAGUGAUCUAGAGUUUUUCCUGACCACAGCGUCACGUGACGUGAUAUCAGAAUACUGCCGGUCCUGGGAGUAUAAGAGGAGUGAGGGAGAGAGAUGUCUGUAUGUACCGAGCGAGCCGGAGAAGAUGUGCGACCUCUUCAUAGACCGUCUACAGCUAGACAUCAUCACACACUGUACCGUGUCUGACUGGGAGAUUCGUGACAGGAUCAGUGGACGUUUAGGAGUCCCUACUGAAGUACUACAAUGGGACCAGGAGGCCAGAGAGCGGUAUGUGGAGUACGCUAAGAGAGGAACACAGACAGUCCACCACGCCCGGGGGAUGAUUGUAGGAUGUGCUGGAGCCGGAAAAACCACGCUACUUAAACGUCUGCUUGGCUGUAGUGAAGAAGAGAUUAAGAAAGUAAAAUCUACUGAGGGCUUGGAGGUGCAUGAGGAAAUAUUUGAUUUAUGUGAUGAAACAAAAUCAUUAAAAGCAAGAAAUAUCAACACAGGCAAUAAAAAGGAAGAAAAUUCUGCUACAAAUAUAGAUUCAAAGACCUUGACAUUUUUUGACUUUGGAGGACAGUGUGCGUACUACGCCUGUCACCAGAUUUACCUGACCAGGAGAGCUUUCUAUGUUGUGGUGUUGGACGCCUCUAAACGUCUGGACCAGAAAGUGGAUAAGUCAGUGUGUGACCAAGAUGGUAGUGUCUUUCAUGGAUGGACGUAUGGAGACUAUUUUGUUUUCUGGAUAAAGUCUAUCCACACUUACUGUAGUUCUAACAUUGACAAAGAUUCUAAACCAACCGUACUUAUCGUGGCGACUCAUUGGGAAAAAGAACACAGACAGUAUCAGGAUAAAAAUGCUCUUUUACACAUCUUGCAACAAAAACUUCCGAAAGAGUCCAAUUUUUCACAGUACAUAGUAGAGAAAAACUGUUACUGUACUUACUUCCCUGAUGAAACACUUCAUGAUCUGCAGCAACAUAUUUUUGACAUAGCAUCUCAUCAGCGAUGGAAAGAAAAUAUUCCUAAGGAGUGGGUCUUCUUUGAAAUAGAAAUGAAUCAGAAGAAAGAAUCAGAGAGGAUUUUAGACAUUGAAGAGUUAACAACAAAGCUUAACGAUGGCAAUGGCGAACAGGAAGAGGAAUUGAAAUUAAAGAAGGAUAUGUUACGAUAUUACCAUGACGCGGGGAAGGUUCUGUAUUUUAAUGAGGAGGGACUUAAGCAAUAUGUCAUUAUUGAUGUUCAGUGGUUUAUUGACGCUUUCAAACACAUCCUCACUGACAAACUUCAUUUUCAAGGUAUUCCUGCUGCACAAAAGGAUUGGGAUGAAUACUACAAGACAGGGAGUUUAAGGGACGGACUUCUGACGGAGAUCUGGAAACAUAAAGAUAAGUUGACAGAAUCAGGUACUGAAGAAUCCGAUUCCGACUUUGAAGAUGAUCCUAGAUAUCUACUCUAUCACAAAGAUAAUCUACUCAAUUUCAUGCAAAGACUUGGUUUGAUGGCAGUUGGUGAAGAAUCCCAUUAUGUUCCGUGCAUGAAUCGGAAAGAAAUAGAAUCUGCUGUUACUGAUCAAAUUCAAAAGUCGGACAGUAAAACAUCUAUACUUAUCUACAGAUUUAGCUUCUUACCUUUCUUCCUUUUUUUCCGUCUCGUUGUUUCUUGUAUGCAGUUAGAGGGUUGGGAAGUACGUAUGACUAAUGAAACAUCAUGUCUGUACAGAAACGCCGCUUUGUUUUCUGUUAAUGAAUACAAUGUCGUCCUAUCUGUCACAGAAACAUCAAUACAGUUACAAGUAUUUCACCAUGUUAAGGGACGCUCGUUAAGAAAAGAUGAAACUUGCAAAAUUCAGGAAACUAUCGAGGUUAUGUUAAAUGACAUUGCGGGAACCUUUCACAGAGGUUUAAUGUACGAAAGAGGCUUUAGAUGUGAAGAAGACUGUACUAGGAUGAUUGCAGUGGAUAUCAGUGGGAGAUUUGUGCAGGACAAAUACGUUUAUCAAAAAGAUGGUGAAAUGGUUUGUCCAUUGCAUCCGUUUAUAAACCAACAUCCUU